AUGAUUGGUGAGAUGACGGAAGAGAGGCAACGCAGAUUUGGCCAAAAACUUGUGGAUGCUAUUGUGGAAUUUUGUGUCGCACAGGAUAUUCCCAUGAACUGUGUGUCCGACCCAACGGGUGAUUUGGCCAAGCAACGUGCUGUGAGUGAAUCAACGAUAGCCGCAUAUUUCGUAAAUUACGUUAAAACCGGCCUACCAUUGCAUUUGGAUGUUAUUGGAAUAAGCAAGAAACACAUGGAUGUUGUACACACUACGAUCCGUGAAAAUGGUUCAGAUAUCGUACGGCUAAAGCCAAUCAUGGAAAAACUUCCGGAAGGAUUCAUUGAUUAUAAUCGACUAAAAAUCAUCUUUGGCAUCUUAGAAUACGAAUACGGCACUGAGCAAGAUUCGAAAGUUGGCGAUACCACUAGUAAUACAACUUCUGCUUCCCCCGGUGAAGCGAAGAAGAGAAGUGUGCCAGAUUGGAUGAAAAACACACAAUCUUCAAUGCAGCGCAAAAAAAUGAAGAAACCGAACUUGUUCAGUUGA